AUGGUUUUCAAUACAUUGAUUGUAUUGUUGUUUGAGUUUUUGAAAGUAAUGGCAGACGAAAAGAAGUCCAAACCAGAGACCAAAGACAGCGACAGUAAGCCUUCCGGUAGUGGAGAUGGAGGGAAGACAGCGACCGACGGACACAAAUCAAGUCAAGUGAAGACAAUCGCCAGCACUGAUAGCACCAAAAGCACCGAAAGCAGACUUUUCGGUCCGGUUUCGGCCCGAAUUGGUUCCGAUGGCAGCUCUUCCGACAGCAAGAAGUCU